AAAGGGUAAAAUAAAAACGAAAAAAAGAAACCAUACAAAAAUUUCCCCUCUUUUCCCCCAAGUUGGUUUCCUCCUAUUUAAGUCGCUCUUUGUCCCUAAACCAGAAAGGUUAAGGCAGAAGAAAAAGAGGAAUAGAAAAGGAGAAUCUAGGAAGCAGCCGUGUUAGAUUCUUUCGCUUUUACAAUCAAACCCAGCUACAGUUUAGAGUGUUAUCUAAGUUUCAAUGGAGGACGAUACUUGGAGCUUUGCCUUCUCAGCUUCAUCCAGGAGCUAUCAAUCCACUGUUAAAUCCCAAAGUGAUCUUUGUAUUGAUUUUGAAGAGAUUGAAGAAGAUGAUGAAUUGAUGACGGAAUACCCCUGCCCGUAUUGUUCGGAGGAUUUCGAUUUACUGGGCUUGUGCUGCCAUAUUGACGAGGAGCAUCAUCUUGAAGCUGGAUAUGGGGUAUGUCCCGUUUGUGCUCAGAGAGUAGGGAUGAACAUGGUUGACCACAUAACAGCACAACAUGGGAAUAUUUUCAGGAGUAACCACAAAUUAGAUUUUGGUAAAGGCGACUCUUAUUCAACUCUUUCUUGCUUGAGGAAGGAGUUGCAUGAUGCACAUUAUCAGUCUCUUCUUUCCAGGUCGUGGUCUUCACUCUCUUCGUCCAAUACAGCACCCGAUCCAUUGCUUUCAUUUCUUUACAGUGCACCUCCAGCUGAUUCAUCUGAAAGUGUACAGCCUGUCACUCCUACUGAAGUGACCUUGGAAGAAAAAGGCCCCAAUGAGAAUAUAUUAGAAAAAGAUGCUCACCAGUCGCCAUUGUCAGAUAAGGAGCACUCGGAGAAGGCAAAUAGGUGUAAAUUUGUACAAGGGCUAUUAUUAUCCACCAUCUUUGAUGGGGGCUUAUAAUCAAGACAGAAAAGAGUAGACGGUUGAUGACUUCAAAAUUUUUAGCGCACAUGCCAUUAUCCAUCAGUCAUGUUCUUGCAUUGAACAUUCUGAUACUUCAAUAUAGAAGCUAGGAUAGAUUCAAGAAUGUAAUGUAAUUUAUUUAACUGGUUGAUGCUUAUCAAUUAGGCCACAACAGAGUUCAGACUCUUGUAUUUUUCAUGUUUAAAGCAUCGGUUCAUAAAUGCCAAUAGCAGCUUUGUUUAAACCUUACAUUUGCUAGUGAAUGUAAAGCUUCAUAGGUCUUAACAAA